GUAGCUUCCGGUGAAAAUGAAAAUGGAUUCGCAUACUGUGAACUUCCUGUAAAUUUAGGAAUUUUUAUUUUCCUUUAAUUUUAUCCAUCAUGGGGUCGGAAAUUGAAAACGAAUUUGUCAAUUAUGAUAAAUACAAUGCCUGGGGUCCAGUUUAUCAGGAAUUAAAAAAUGAGGCAUCAAUACAGGCAAUGGAGGAAGAGUUCUCUACAGCUGAAGCCCGUAAUGCCGUCAACAGAAAUAAAAACAGAUACAGAGAUGUUAGUCCUUAUGACCACAGCAGAGUAAAACUGUCAAAUAAUGUAUACAUCAAUGCAAGUCUUGUAGAAGUUAAAGAAGCAAACAGAAAGUACAUUUUAACCCAGGGUCCUCUGGAGGUGACGGUCUCACAUUUCUGGCAGAUGGUUUGGGAAAAGAAAAGUAAAGCUAUUAUCAUGCUCAACAAAUUGAUAGAGAAUGGAGCGAGGAAGUGUUACAAAUAUUACCCAACCGAUGCUGAGGAUGAUGAAGAUGAAAUAGAGUUUGAGGAUGUGUCCCUCAAUGUGUCUGUCAUCAAAGAAACUCAACUUGACUAUUAUAUAGAAAGAAUAUUACUUUUGAAACAUACAGAGAGUGAAGAAUCUCGGGAAGUCAUUCACUACAAUUAUACACAUUGGCCAGAUUUUGGAGUUCCCCAGUCACCACUAGUGUUCCUAAACUUUCUGAUGACAGUACGACAGUCUGGAGCAUUGGAGACAGACGUCGGCCCAGCCAUCGUUCACUGUAGUGCUGGCAUUGGAAGAUCUGGAACAUUUUGCCUUGUAGAUUCUUCUCUUGUCAUUAUUGAAAAGACUCAAAAUAUGAAUUCUGUUGAUGUCAGAAAUUUAUUACUGGAAAUGCGGAAGUAUCGCAUGGGCUUAAUUCAGACUGCCGACCAACUACGAUUUUCCUAUCUUGCCAUUAUUGAUGGAGGACACCAAAUUUUAUCCAGUGGGAAAGCAGAACUAGAUAUUUUUUCCGAUUAUCUAAAAGAAAGCAUCAAUAAAGAAGACCACCCUCCCACACCGCCAGAGAGAACCACAAGUCUUCCCAUUGACAGACAACCCCCACCUCUCCCCCCUCGUAGUCCUGACCUCAGGAAAACAGAUAAUGAGGAUGAAGAAAAGGAUUAUGAAAAUCAACGAAUUGCACCCAAAGACACUGAGCAGUUAAUUCCUGAGAAGGAGAAAGAGAACAGUAGUACUUUCCUUUAUCUUUACAGUAGUACUUUCCGCCGAAGAAUUCAGAGAGAAGAACGCAAACAGAAAACACAGGAUCAGAUCAAUCGCAUGAAAGAAAAACAGAGAAAAAGUGAACUAUGGAGAAACAGACGCUCAUAUCUAACCCCUGUUGCCAUAGGAAUAACAUUGUUCAUUGGUGGACUCCUUCUGUAUAAAUACUAUUUCUGAUAUAUUAUAUAUGCAAAGAACAAGUCAGUGACAUCACUUUUGUUAUCUCGCCUGAACCAUUGGCUCAAGUGAGCUUUUCUGAUCAUUGUCUGCCAUCUGUCAUCAACCUCUCCAGAACAACUCAGCCAUAAAGUAUCUUAAGGGGAAGGGAAUUUGAGUUUAUAUGAAUAAAGGGCUAAGGAGAUAAUUGAGAAAUAGUAAAAUGUUUAAAACUCUUCAAGAGUGAUUAAGAUCAGUAUACACUUAUUGCAUUGCUUCUUGGGGAGCAGUCAAACUGUUGUCUUGAAGUAGGAGAGAAGACCUGAGAAACUGUUGCUUGUGGUCUUGGUAAUAAGUUUCCAACUCAGGUUUGUUUUGGGUCAGUCUAAGUUUAGCCACCAAAUGCAUUUAAAGUUUUACAUAGAAAUAUGUAUAAGAACCCAAUGUCUCCAAUUUGUCAACAUAAUAUGAAGUAUCUUAAGAUAGUGUAGAAUGACCUCCAGAGUCAGGAUAGGGCCACGAUUCAUGGUUAAUGACACACUGUCUGACUAUAAGCAAUCUUAACGCAAAGUAGGAGUUACUAGUGUCUGUCCACUAUAAAGUUAUGGCCUAGACAAUCUUUAGGUCACCUGAAUCAUUCAGGUGACCCAUUGCGAUUGGUAGUUGUCCAUCAUCAUCCGUCGUUUGUUGUCAUCUAAAUGUAAUCAACUUUUCUUUUCAUCACCUUUAGUAUGGAACAUCUUUAGGAAAAGGGGAAUUUAAAUGGUCACUGCACUCAUGGAGUUUGAGGGAUGUGGCAUUGAAAAAUCUUCUUUACUCAUGGACAGACUAUCAUCAUAGUAGACAGACUAUUAUAGUCAUGAUGAGCAAGUAUGCCCCUCCCAAAAAUAGGACAUUCAUGGCCUUUGGGUCGUGAGAUCUAAUGCUAGGCAGGUAUCAAAACUGUAAUAAAAAAAAUAUGCAAUUUAACAAUCUUUUUCUUUACUCAGGGACAUUUAGCAGGCAAAUUGUGUGUAUAGUCAUAAAGAGCAGGAAUGCCUUUACUAAAAUUUUGAAAUUCAAUGCUCCAGGGUUUAAAUAAUAUGAGUUGUAGUUCUUUAGAAAUCUUUUCAGGUUCAGGCUCUAGUGGAGAGCUAAAUAGAUAAGAGAUUGAUGAUACCUUUUAUCUAGUAAAAUCACCCUCUUUACUUUGGUGCAUUGUGACAAAAUACUUAAUGUAUGGUUAUGAAGAAUGCUUUCAUGACCCCACUGUCAGCACUAGUUUCUUCAGGGAGCAGCUAUCGUAUAAUGAAAAUACAAUACAUGAAUUUAUUUAGAAUGCUUUUUCACUCUUGGACAUUGAAAAAACUGAAAAAUUUAGCUGUCCAUUGAAGAGUGGAGGUAUGUUAGUCAGGUGAUCAUUACGGUCCAUGAACAUCUUGUUUACAAUUGAACUUAUCUGGAAGACUUUUGGUGAGGAUCAUGACACAUAUCUCUAUAAAAAAAACCUUGGUGCAAAGUAUGAAUUAUGAACUCUAGGUGGCCACAACAGAGGGUUAAAGUUUUACAUGGGAACAUACAGGAAUUUCUCGAAAAAUCUUCUCAAAAACAUUAAGGGUAUAGUUUUUUAAUGAUAGGCAAGUUCCUAAAAAACAUUAAGGGUAUAGUUUCUUGAUGAUAGGCAAGUGUUGUCUUGUAGUACAGUUCAAUUUUCUCCCAUGAUUUGAAAUUGAACACCGGAGUAUGAAGGGAAAUGGUUUGAAAGUUUACUCUAAAAACUCGUGAGCGUACUACAGUUUGUCCAAGUAGUGCAUAUGCAGCAUGAGGUAGGUGAGCAUUGUGGUCCAUUGACUUUUUGUUUCUUUAGUUUUAUACAAUUACAAGUAAAAUACCAUAUUUAUA